AUGGUUCUUGAAACAAUGAGCCAUAUUUUUCGAAAGCUUAAGCGAAAGAAGAGCGCCGAUAAAGCAAAUGAGAACGGUUAUGUUGCCCCUAAGCCUGCUCGCCGAUGGGAAAGACGAAAAAGGCGAGAAGAAAAGAUGGACCGGGAGAAAAAGGAACACAUUACUCAGACCAAAAUUAGCCCCUGGCUACAAUUAUGCGGUGAUCCUCGUGAACGACAAGCAAUGGCAUUAUAUUCCCUUUCUGGAGAUGAAAAAUCAGGGGAACUCGAUGUCGAGCAGGGUGAUCAUCUCACAAUUGAAUCUAUCAAUCGAUCGGAUUUGUGGUUGGAAGUGUGCAAUGACAGAACAAAUAAACUCGGCUACUUGCCCAGGAAUUUCAUUACUGAAGAAACUGGCAUUGAUGAUGUCUUGGAUGCUUGGUUUGAUGUUGAUCGAAGAAACAGCGAGUAUAAACUACUAAUGGCAGAUCAUCCUAGUGGAACUUAUCUACUGCGCCCAAGUUCUAAUCCCUUCCGGGUUGCUCUCUCGGUCCUCAGUGUGAUCGGUUCCAAACGAACAGUCAAGCACUUCAUGAUCAAGUAUAACAGGACCACUAACUCUUACUACAUAAGUCCUAAAAGGACUUUCAAUAAUCUCAAAGAUCUCCUUGACCACUAUAAAAAAAGUGAACUCUCUGACCCCCUACCUCGGUACCCACCAACAAUUCAAUCUCGACAUUUCUGGAUUCCAGCGAGCCAACUUGAUCUCAAAGCUCAUCUCUCAAAAGGUGGUAGAUUCGGAUCUGUCUAUCGGGGCAUUUUUCGAGUGUCCACACAGAAGGCGGUUGUGAUUAAAAAGUUAUCUGCCAUCCAAAACACCGAUCUCAUUAUCAAAUGUGCUCGAGAUUGCCAUAAACUCCAAAAUCAUGCUCUCGUCCAAUUCCUUGGUCUUUCAGUGACCUCGCCUGCGGAAGCUUACCUCCUAGUCUGGGAGUAUAUGCCUGGUGGAAAUCUCAAAGAUUACCUCGUAAAUAAUCACUCGGAUAUAGAAUAUUCCAAACUGCAACAUUGGCUUCAUCAAGUUUUAGACGGUAUGGAUUACAUAGAAUCCGCCGAAUAUUUCCACGGUGAACUAAAGGCCGAAAACGUUUUCCUUUCCCACGAUCUCUGUGUUAAAUUGGGUAAUUUCGGUUUCAAUGGGCAUUUUGGAAGGUCGAUUGAUCUCACUCCUGGUAAGAUUUUUAACUCUGUCAUCUUUACAUCUUCACUGUCAUAA